AUGUCUGAUAUUAGUCAACAAAUGAGUAAUUUGAGUGUUGAGGAAAAUGGAAACGGAAACGGUCAGUAUAAGCAAGCUGGUCAAACAGGUCAAACAGGUCAAACGGGUCGUAGUCAAUAUGUGCCACCUCAUUUAAGAAAUAGUGUUCAAAAUAAAUCUAAUGGGAUGAACUCUAUCCCCUUUGGUGGUUCUCGUCGUAAUGGCGGUGGUGGCGGUGGCGGCGGCUAUGAUCUGUAUCAAGGUGGUUACCGGUCCGGUGGCUAUGGCGGUGGUGCAAGAGGCGGUGGCGGUGCAAGAGGCGGAUAUGGUGGUGGCGGCGGAAGGUACCAGAAAUCGAUGCCCGGCGUAGGUAGAUGGGUCAACGGCAAACACGAGCCAUCUCCACCUAAUGAACGGAUGGAACUUGAAUUAUUUGGUACUCCCGAAGAUAAUAAUGCGCAACAUUCGGGUAUUAAUUUCGACAACUAUGACGAUAUCCCCGUUGAAGCUAGUGGUGAAGGUGUUCCUGAGCCAAUCACUUCAUUUACUGCUCCACCAUUAGAUGAAUUAUUGGUUGAAAAUAUAAAAUUGUCAAGAUUCACAAAACCUACCCCUGUCCAAAAAUAUUCAGUCCCUAUUGUUGCCGGUGGCAGAGACUUGAUGGCUUGUGCUCAAACUGGUUCAGGAAAAACCGGUGGUUUUCUUUUCCCAGUGUUAUCUGAGUCAUAUAUGAAUGGACCAGCUCAAGUACCGGAAUCUACAGGAACUUUUUCCUCCCAUAAAGUUUAUCCAACAAUCCUUGUUAUGGCCCCAACAAGAGAAUUGGUUUCACAGAUUUACGACGAAAGUAAAAAAUUUUCAUAUAGGUCAUGGGUACGUGCAUGUGUUGUUUACGGUGGUGCCGAUAUCGGUAACCAAAUGAGACAAUUGGAGAGAGGAUGCGACUUGUUAGUGGCAACUCCAGGUCGUCUUAAGGAUUUAUUAGAAAGAGGAAGGGUUUCAUUGGCCAAUAUUAAAUACUUGGUGUUGGAUGAAGCAGAUAGAAUGUUAGAUAUGGGAUUUGAACCCCAGAUUAGACACAUUGUUCAAGAAUGUGAUAUGCCAGACGUUGCAGAUAGACAAACCUUGAUGUUUUCAGCCACCUUCCCAAGAGACAUUCAAAUGUUGGCUCGUGAUUUCUUGAAAGAUUAUAUCUUCCUUUCUGUUGGUAGAGUUGGUUCAACAUCAGAAAACAUCACACAAAAGAUUUUGUACGUUGAAGACGAAGAAAAGAAGUCGGUUAUUUUAGAUUUGUUGAAUGCCAAUAGUUCGGGUUUGACUAUUGUGUUCACCGAAACCAAAAGAAUGGCUGAUAAUUUAGCCGAUUUCUUGUAUGACCAAGGUUUUCCAGCAACUGCAAUUCAUGGUGACAGAUCGCAGUACGAAAGAGAAAAGGCACUUGCUGCAUUCAAGAGCGGAAAUGCUCCCAUUUUGGUUGCGACAGCUGUGGCUGCUCGUGGAUUAGAUAUCCCAAAUGUCUCACAUGUCAUUAACUACGAUUUGCCAAGUGAUAUCGAUGAUUAUGUUCAUAGAAUUGGUCGUACUGGUCGUGCUGGUAAUAUUGGUAUCGCCACAGCUUUCUUUAACAGAAACAAUAGAAAUAUUGUCAAGGGUUUAGUAGAAUUGUUGUCAGAAGCAAACCAGGAGAUCCCAGACUUUUUAGCUAAGAUAUCAAGAGAAUCCGCUUUUGGUAAACCGGUACGUGGAUCGUCUCGUGGUGGCGGUAUGGGUUCGCGCGGAGGUGCAAAUAGAGAUUUCAGAAGAUCAGGAGGCAGUAGUCAAAGCUCAGGUUGGGGCAGCAACUCCAGCACAGGUUGGGGCGGCUCAGGCAAUAGCGGAUGGGGCGCAUCAAACGGUGGAGGUAGUGGAGCAUACUCAAAUGGUGGAGGUUAUGGAUCACGUUCUAGCUUCCAUGAUAAUUCCAGCUACGGCAAUCCAACCUCUUCCAGCAACUCAUGGUGGUGA